UUCUCUACAUCACCUACUACAUGGACCAGCACUACUGGUACUGCAACCACAACAACAAUACUAACAACAACACAAACAUCUGGCCCUGCAACAGGUACAACUACAGCGUACACUACUAUACCAUCUACCAAUGUUUUCUCUACAUCCACCGUUAUGUCGCUACCUACAUCUCAGCAUACUUCAUAUUCUACUGAACCACAGGACAGCAAUACUGAUACUGAAACCUUAACAUUUACAUAUAAUCAUACACAAUGGUUUACAACACAGGACACUACUAUAAUAUCUAGCCCUGUUUUUUCUACAUCCACCAUUACCUCACUACCUACAUCUCAGCAUACUUCUUAUUCUACCAAACCACUAGUCAGGACUUUUGUUACUGAAACCACAACAUCCAAUCUUGAGACAGAUACAGCAACACCGCAUAAUACUAAAACAUCUAGCACUCUUUUCUCUACACCCACCAUUAUCUUGCCAACUAUAUCUCAGCACACUUCAUAUUUUAAUGAACUGCCAGCCAGCACUAAUAAUACUGAAGCCACAACAUCUACAUCUGAUCCUACAAAAGGGUCGACAACACAGGACACUACUACUAUAACAUCUAGCACUGUCCCCCAUUUCCUUGCCACCUAUAUCUCAGCGUACUUCUUAUUCUAGUCAACCACUAGUCAGCACUACUGUUACUGAUGUCUCUUAGUCCAUCAUUCCAGCAAACAGCGUUAUCAGCACAACAGGUGACUGGUCUACCUUAGUAUGGAAAAAAUGAUACAAUCUGUGACCCCAAAACUAACGUUUUAGAGGAGAUCCCAUUAUCAUGAUUCAGCUGGUAUGUUGUGUGUUUAACCCCUAGAACCCUACGGAGGGAUUUUCCAUCCAAAAUCGCACCUUGUGUCCUCAGCUUAAUUACUCAGGAACCCCCUUCACACAUCAACAUAAUCCAUAUAUGGUUAGAAAGGGCGGAACUCUUUCUAAAAAUAGUGAUGCGGUAAAGCAUCUACAAGAAACCCAUUGAGAAAAACACCUAAAAACGUGAGAUCUCCUUUCUUCUUGGAAAAGAACAGCAAUUAUUCCUACUCCUUCACCCACCACGACCGUUUCUACUUCUUAUUCUACCAAACCAACAGACCACACUACUGUUACUCAAGCCACAACAGCGUCUACAUCUCGGGAUACUUCAUAUUCUACCAAACCAACAGACAGCACUAUUGUUACUACAGCCACAACAGAAUCUACAUCUUAUUCUACAAGUACUGCAACAACACAGAGCACUAUGACAUCUACCACAGGUUUCUCUACAUCACCUACUACAUGGACCAGCACUACUGGUACUGCAACCACAACAACAAUACUAACAACAACACAAACAUCUGGCCCUGCAACAGUGACAACCCCAACAACUACACAUACACCAUCAACCCCAACCACAUCCACAACCCCAACCACAACCCCAACCACAACCACAACCCCGACCCCAACCACAACCCCAACCCCAACCACAACCCCAACCCCAACCCCAACCACAACCACCCCCCCACCCCCCCCGUGCCGGAAUUACAUACCGUUAGGUACUAUUUCAUCUGCAUCAGACAACUCCACGGAUUCGAGGCUGAUGAGUGAUAUUUCAUCUGCAUCAGUCAACUCCACGCUGUAUGUGUAUAUGCAGGUGUCUGAAUCUGCUGAAUCUAUGCCUGUGCAGUCAGCCAUUAAUGCAGUUUUAGCUCUGCUAUUGGUAGACUGUUUCUUCAUUAUGGAGGCCUUAAAUUUACUGGGGAAACCUGAAACGAAAGAGUGCCUGAUCUUAAUGGUGUUCUCCAUUCUUUCUUUGCUGUGUUCAUUUGUGGCUUUCGUCCUCAUAUUGGUAUACGCAAAACAGAAUACGAAGCCGUUGAGGAUUUUUUCACCUGCAUUGGACAACUCCACGAAUUCACAGCUGUUGGAGAUAAUUUCAUCUGCAUCUGCAUUGGACAACUCCACGGUCGCAGCCCAAGUUCUGACAGGGUUGGCAAUGUCUUUUUGCCUGGUUCAAAGCAUUUUAAACAUUAUAUUGCUGUUCAUUGGACAAACCCAUGAGCUGGUUGGCCAGGCAGGGAGACGUGGAGACAGACAUAAUAGCAGAAGGAGACACUGCUGUUUUAGCUUUGGAGUGAUUGCCUUUGUACAUCUUGGUUUGACAGCUGCUGCAAUAUUUGUUGUACUUACAUUCUGUAAGUACAUUUGCCUUUGGCUAAUCAUCGUGAUGGCUGUUUAUCUCUUAUGCGACGUGCUGUUCUUCUUGUGCCACAUGAUUAACAUGAUUAAGAAGGUGGCUUCACCGGAAUCUUGCUGGCCAGUUAGCUUUAGCAUCUCAACCCUGUUGAAUGUGGCAUUUACAUUAGCUCUCAUAAUAGGGGUAUGUUUGUGCCGGCCCUGUGUCAAAUGUUCACAAGAUUGGGGCUCUGAGUGGAUCAUUAUUGUUACUCGCUUCUUAUAUGUGGAAGCAAGCAUAUGCUAACCUUCACCCUCCUAGUGUUGGCAGCAUUGCUAGUGAUAGGGAUGGUUAAACACAAAUCUGUUUUAACUUUGUAUUUAAGUUUUUAUUUUUGAUUAGUGGGCAAACUGCAAUACUAUAAAAUUAUUAUAACUCUGUUAAGAGUGUGUUCUGCUUAUUUGUGAACUGCAGGAUUUUUGUUUGCACACAAGAGCUUUUAGCUACAAACAUCAAAGUAUGGUUACGACAGUACCUUUAGUAAUGCAAGGAUUGCACCUCCAAAACACAUUGACAUGCCAAAUAUAAUGGGACAGGAAUUAGUAUCAUGUCCAAUGACUUUUGCCAAGCUUAAGAACUGCGCUGACCUCUGGAAUAUGUGGGUGGAGGCUUCUGCAUUAAAUGUGGAUGUGGUUUGUGUCAGAGUUCCUUCUCUGUUCACACAAACAAUUCUAGACAGAAACCACCGGUCACAAUCAUUGCCACCCACUGCACUGUCCACUGUGGAUGGUAAUGCCUUCUAUGGUGAAUUCACUGUGCAGAAUUGUUAAACUUGUUGUUAUUCUUGUCGCUUGAGCAUGCUGUCCAGUAUUUAACGAACCUCACGAGAUUACAUCUCACAGCUUAUGCAGGUGUGGGCUUUCCUACUUUACAAUCAAUUUACACACUCCUGUGGCAUUACAAUAAAAAAACUUUAAUGCAGUGACACAGAGCAUUAGUUGAUCUGCCCUCUAUUUACUAUAUCACCAUAUAACACCAUAUCUGCUUAGAAUUCCUUUACUGAAUGUCAUGCUUUUGCACUUUAGACACUUUUUACACUUCACCCAAAUACUCCAGUUUUAAGUGUUUUUUAAAUGUAUAUAUUAUGCAUGACUGUAUUAUGUGUUUUCACUGCCAACAAAAUAUUGCAUCUUUAUUCCUGUUUGUUAUAUGUUUAACUCUUUUCCAUAUUACUGAUUAUCAACUGUGCACUAAAUGGUUUUGACUAUAUCAAAAUACUGUCAUUAAGUAUAUAUAAUGUUGCAUUAAUUAAUAACAGUAGCAGAUGGAGAGCUCCACAGAUGGGGGAAACCUAUAGUUUUUACUUGUGAUGAUGUCAGUAGGUCAGACUCAUCACAUGAUUGUGCCAGAGACAUUGUAGGAACUAACUGUGUAUGUUUUAAAAGUAUAAGAUGUUGUACUUGUACCUGUUCCUUAAAGGUUUCCUUGGGGACAGGCAGGCCAGCCGGCUCCUUCUCUUGUAGUAGCCAAAGGGCCCAUUUCCUGUUCAACCUGUGGGGAAGGAAAUAAUAAUGUCGUUCAUUCAAUAAUUAAGUAUGUUUACCUUCUCGUGCUUUAUGACAAUGAUGAGACAUGUCUGUAUAUAUGUUUGCUGCAGGACAGUCUGUAAGAAAGUGUGUAUGUGAUUAUAUGUGUUUUUUUUACUUCAACCAUGUUUGUGGCAAUGGUCCAGUCCUUCUUAAUUAGGGACGGGGCUACAAAUUUAAAAGUGGCUUUCUUUUGUAGGGUGGUUGGUUUUUUAGUUGUUCAUUCUGUUUUGGCUAGGUAAUCUAAGUAGCUUUUUAUUUCUUUAUUCUCUUUUUGUACAUUUAUUUUCUAUUUUUUGUUGUUAAUUUGUUACAACUAUGGAAUCACAAAUAAAAUCACAGAUUUGGAAUUUA